AUGUGAAACUUUCUGAAUAAUUAUCAGGUGCAAAUAAAAGAAUUUCACUCAUAUGUUUCAAAUAUAAAAGUGACAAAAAUGGAGUCUGAAAGUAGAACUAAUUCUAAUUCAUCACCUCCUACUAGAAACCCCUACGCACUUUCUCAUGUUGGCGGCCCGUCCAUGGUGAACAAAAAACAAGUUAAUGUAAUAGGAGCCACUUUCCUAAUUGAUGCAAGAUAUGAAAUUAUUGGAACUGUAGGCAGUGGUGCCUAUGGAGUAGUAGUCUCUGCAAGAGACACUCUUACAGGCGAACGUGUAGCUAUAAAAAAAAUCGAAAAAGCAUUUGAGCAUUCAACGUUUACAAAGCGAACUUUAAGAGAGCUUAAAAUUUUAAGACUCUUGGAGCACGAUAAUAUUAUGAGAAUAAUUUCCAUACAGCUGCCAACUUCUCGAGAAGAAUUUGAUGAAAUUUAUGUCAUAAGUGAGCUUAUGGAAACUGAUUUAAGUGCUAUAAUAAAAUCUCCGCAAGUAUUUUCAGACGAGCAUUGUCAAUUCUUCUUAUAUCAAAUCCUUAUGGGUCUCAAAUACAUGCAUAGUGCAGGAAUAAUACAUAGAGACCUUAAGCCAAGAAACUUGCUUGUUAAUUCAAAUUGCGAUUUGAAAAUUUGCGAUUUUGGGCUUGCAAGGCCGAUUAUUAGCGAUUUAAAGGUAUCUGGAGCUCAAAUGACUGAUUAUGUUGCUACAAGAUGGUAUAGAGCUCCAGAAGUAUUGCUUUCUUACAAAAAAUAUUCUUCAGCAAUGGAUAUGUGAUCGGUUGGGUGUUUAUUUGGGGAACUUCUACUUAGGAAGCCCAUUUUGCCUGGAAAUGAUUCUAACCACCAAUUAGAUUUAAUUUUUAAUUUGAUUGGGACACCUAGCAGUGAAGAUAUUGAAUCUAUCCCAAAUCCCCUCUCAAAAGAAAAAGUUGCCCACAUACAUCAAAAGCAAGGGAAAAAUUUUCAGACAAUUUUUAGAGAUGCCAAUCCAGAUGCCCUGGAUUUACUAACUCCCCCGACUCCGAGCGAACAAAAAAAUCUUGUUCGUUCACGGAGGGGGUUAAUUUUUUUUUUUAAAACAAUAUUAUAUAAAAUUUUAUAAAAAUCAAUAUGCAAAACUUGGAAAGCAAAUAUUGAUUCAAUUUGUAAAAAUUAUAUUUUAAAACGUGAUUUGUUUAAAAUGAAACAGAAUUAACUUGAGAUUUCAUUAUAAUAAUUAUCAAUUUAUAUCAAAAUUCUUUUCAAUGAAAAAUUUUUCUAUUGAAAAAAUUUUUGUUUGCUCGAGGAGGGUGGGUUUUUGGAAAAAAAUAGGGAUUUUUCCAAUGGUUUUGUUUACUCACGGAGGGGGGAGUAAGAAAAAUGCUUAUUUUUAACCCCGAUAAAAGAAUUACCAUACAAGAUGCUUUAGAACAUCCAUAUUUGUCAACAUUUCAUUGUGAGGAGGAUGAACCUACAACGACGCCAGUCUCUAUGUUUGAUUUUGAGUUUGAAAAGCUGCCUUUAACAAUGAGGCAAUUGAAAGAUUUAAUUUACGAAGAAAUUUUAUUAUAUCAUUUUCCUCAUAAGAAAGAAGAAUACGAAAAAAUGAAGGAAGAGUAUGAUAAUCAGUCAAGGCAGGUAGGAAGAAGAAUGCCGAAGGAAUUUGAAGAAGAGGAAGAGGAAGAAGAGCUUAAUUAA